AUGCCCCGGGGUCUCCGCAGCCGAGCCGUGCCGCAGCCGGGCCGCAGCCCGAGGCCCCGCGCCGUGAGCGCGCGCCGAGGCCCCGCGCGCGGCUUCAGGGGGAGCCGUGGAGGGCGGGCCGGCCGCCCCGAAGGUCGUGCCGCCUCGCGCAGCGCCCGCGCGGGGCUGGCCUUCUCCGUGUGCCAGAUGGAGCGCCUCCUGCGGGCCGGCCGCUACGCCAAGCGCCUGGGCGCGUCCGCCCCCAUCUUCCUGGCGGCCGUCAUCCAGUUCCUGACGGCCACCGUGCUGGGGCUGGCGGGCGACGAGGCCCGGCACAGGCGCACCGCGUACAUCACCCCGGAGCUCGUGGACCGGGCGCUGCACAACCACGAGCUGCUCAGCGGCUUGUUCACGAUGACCACCGUGUCCCAGGUGGCCCCGGCCCGGUACUAGCCGCCCCCGGCCCCUGAUGCCCGCCGCCGCCCGGGGAGCCGCCGGGGGGGCUCGGUGACCCCCGCGUCCCCGCAAUAAAAGGCGC